GCACGGGGCAUGGACCUGGUGGAGAUUUUGUCCUUCCUGUUCCAGCUGAGCUUCUCCCCCUGGGAUUACUCGGUGGAGGGCAUGAGCGAGUCCCUGCUGACCUUCCUGCAGCACCUGCGCGAGUUCGGGCUGGUGUUCCAGAGGAAGCGGAAGUCGCGGCGCUUCUACCCGACCCGGCUGGCCAUCGCGCUGGCCUCGGGGACAGCGGGGACAUCGCUGGGGACAUCGCUGGGGACACCCGACGGCCACGGCUUCAUCCUGGUGGAGACCAACUACCGCAUCUACGCCUACACAGACUCGGAGCUGCAGGUCGCCCUCAUCGCGCUCUUCUCGGAGCUCCUCUAUCGCUUCCCCAACCUGGUGGUGGCCCAGGUGACAAGGGACAGCGUGCAGGCGGCCAUCGCCAACGGCAUCACCGCUGAGCAGAUCAUUCACUUCCUGCGCACCCGCGCCCACCCCGUGAUGGCCAAACAGAGCCCGGUGCUGCCCCCGACCAUCACGGACCAGAUCCGGCUCUGGGAGCUCGAGCGGGACCGGCUGCGCUUCUCGGAGGGUGUGCUGUACAACCAGUUCCUGUCCCAGGUGGAUUUCGAGGUGCUGCGGGACCACGCCCGGGCCCUGGGCGUGCUGGUGUUCGAGAACCCCGCGCGGCGCCUGAUGGUCGUCACCCCCGCCGGCCACCCCGACGUCAAACGCUUCUGGAAGAGGCAGAAACACAACGGCUGACCCCAAAAACCCCAAAAUCACCAAA